AGUGAAGGAGGUCGUAUCCUUGCUCAGUUUAAGAGUGAAGUUGGAGAGCUUAUUGGUACACCAUUUGAUCUCCCUCUUGAUGUCACACCCGAUAAACUAGAAUUAGUCUGUAACGCUGUUCUUCAGAAGGUAUUGUAAUAACUUUUGUGCUGACUAGAUUGAAAGGUCCAUCUCAGUAUAUCCUAAUUACUGGUAAUUACAGAUUAAAGGAGUCCAUCCCAGACUGUAGAAGGUGAAUGGUGUGAGAGGAAGUGUAGGUGACGGGUGAGACUGAUAGAGGGGGUUGGUGUGGGUGAGGGGCAAUAAGAGUGAUGAGAUCUUCUAUGUGUGUUAUAUUUUUGCAUAGAUUAGUAUGAGACUCAAUGAAUGGUUUGAACCCAGGAGUAAGUAAGUGGAAUAUGAUUGUCUGGGUGAACGUAUUGCUGAAUAGGACUGUUGUCGACAGUGACUGAUGCUUUGACCACUUGUGCAUUAGUAAUCUUCAGAGUCAAAGAUGACUACAGCGCUGGUUGUCUUAAUAUCAGUCACUGUCAAUGGCAACCCUAUUCAGGACUUCACUCACCCAGAUGAUCAUAUUCCACUUACUCAUGAGACUGCCCACUAAAUAAAGUGUAUAGUCUUUUCAGCUGUUACAAGACUCUCCUUCUCUAUCUAUUGGCAUUCAUUCUAAUCCAAUGAAAUAAUCCAGGAAGGUGAGUUGGUGUUAGGGGUAUUUUGGAAAAUGCCUAAUGACUCUGAAGUUUAGUGAUUAGGGUUUAGAAAUGGAGUGAAUCAAGUUUCAGGUCAGUUUUCCCAGAAUAAUGAUCAUAAAUGGAACCUGAUUCACUCAGUUCCCUUACCCUAAUCACAAAACUUGAGAGUUACUCAGGAUUCUGCAUUCAGUGUUUGGCUUCUUCAAAGGUUGAUUUUAUUCUUUAGUGCUUGAAAAAGCAAAAAGUAGCAAUAGAAAUCUAAUAUCCUUUUAAUCUUUACACUCAACUAAAGGCUAAGGAUUUGUGCACAAAAUUGAAAGGUUGACCUUCAGACUGGGAUUAAUCAGGCCCUAGAGAUAAAAGGAAUAAAUAAGUUAUGCAAUUUCUCAAUAAAAACAAGGCCUAAUGUCUGUGAUGGUGAAGAAACGAAAAUAUUACAGUUAAGGUCAUGUAAAUUUAAUCUUUUUCCCCCUUGUUAUGCCCAUUUAUUCAUGUUUCAGGAUGAGAGUGUCCCAUAUUCAUUUUUCAUCAAUGAGUCAGAAAUCACAGGAUCUCUUAAGGAAACACUUGAGACACAGACACUAGAGACAGAGAAAGUUGUGGAGAUAGUUUACCAGCCUCAGGCUGUGUUUAAAGUCAGAGCAGUUACAAGGUGUACAAGUACCAUUCCAGGUAUUUUAUUUAUUUACAUGUGCAUAGGAAAAGUUUUCAAAACCCCCCUAAUUUCUUCUAAUUUAUGCUAGCUACAUAUAGGAUAGUUCUGUAAUGUGUUUAGAAGUGGGCAGAUGGAAGUUUUCAAAGAAACUGUGCCCUAGCCGUUGCCCAAGCUUUGAAUUCUUCAUUUUUUAGGAGAUCCUUCACAUAGGUUUGACCUCUGGGUUUCCUAUUUCUUAAUAACUGCACUUGUUUUUAACAAUGCUUGCUUCUUUGAAAUAAAGUAUUGUAUAUUCUUAAUUUUCUUAAUUCUAUCACACAGUGGGCUGGCCAAAAUACAGAUAGUUGUAAAAAGGUCCGAAAAUGCUACUUAAUAGACCAUGUAAUAAAGUGCAAUAUAUAUCAACUGUUUUAUUUUAAACAGGUCAUUCUGAAGCAGUUAUUUCUGUGGCCUUCAGUCCAGAUGGCAGGUAUAUAUUUAAACAGAGUUACUGCAUCUUUCUUUUACAAUUUGUUUCCUUCAAGCAACAUAAAUAAUUUGUGGAUUUAUGCUCUAAUAGUAUAAUUACUGUACAAAAAGCUGCUGUACUGUCAUACAUGUAGAUAUCUGGCAAGUGGCUCAGGUGAUACAACUGUCAGAUUCUGGGAUGUCAAUACAGAAACACCUCAUUAUACAUGUAGAGGUUAGUAGUAAUAAAUGAUAAAGUAGCCUGAGAAGACAGCAGACAUUUUGUGAUGCCACCGGUGGUCUCUGACCCAAUGAAAUGCCGUCUGAAAAAUGAGUGCAGAAACUCCUUACUGAUGAUGUGUCAGUAACCCGAUCUAGAUAGUGCUUCUGAUUGGAUGAAGCAAAUUUCCAACCAAUCAGAAGCCCUGCCCAGAUCUGGGUAGUGAUUUCUGCGCUCAUUUCUCUGAUGUCAUUUUUCAGGGAAACCAUUUGCGGCACAAAAUGUUGGCUAUUUUCUCCGGUUUAUGAUAAAGCGGGAGAGGUGCAUAAUGGCAUGUUAACUUGAGAGAAAAAAAAUAGUGAAUUCUAUCUAAAUGUGACAACAAUUUCAAAUCACACCCAAGAGUAUAUUCCCUCCCGUCAACUGUUAAUGAAUAAAAAUAACAUUACAUGGCACCAUCUCGAAGUUAAGUGAACAACUGACUGAAAAUACUCAUAUUAGCGCUUGGAAAAUGCCUUUUUUUACAUUUGUGAGGUAAGAGGCGGCACUUGAAGCUUGUCCCAAAUUGGAACAUUUUUUAUGGAAAUAAGGGGGUAUUGAGUUUUCACCCCCACCCACAGUUACUGACCAAUAUUAUGAUCUUAACCAGUUAUAACCAAGGGAACACACCCGUGUUGACUAAAAACAACUUAUUUGCCUUUUUAUUUUUAAUUUUCAAGGUCAUUCACACUGGAUAUUACAUAUAGCAUGGUCUCCAGAUGGUAAAAAGCUUGCUUCUGGGUGCAAAAAUGGAGAGGUCAGACCAAGUAAUCUCAUGCAAAAAUUGUAUCUGUAUUAGCUUGCUGAAAACUAUUUAAUAAUGUAAUUGUGUUUUGUAAUAAAAUUAAAUGACAAAAUAUUUCUCUGUUAAUAUUAUUAGUUAAUAGAUGUGGUCAGAGAAAAAUCACACUGCUGACUACAAGAGUUAUACAAACUGUUUUUAAGGUUAAGUUUUUAUUUUGUUUUAUUAUUUUUGAUUUAUAGAUCAGAAUAUGGGAUCCAGCAACAGGAAGGCAACUAGGAAAAAUAUUAAAAGGACAUUUACAAUGGAUAACAUGGCUUAGCUGGCAACCCCUUCACAGGUAUAUUAUGUAAAUUACUCGUCCACUAACUUGGCCCUAUUACAAAAAAUUCUUUCUUGUAACUACAGUUCUACGCAGGAGUUGGGGUGGUUUUUCAAAAGUCAAUGAAAGUGUGAGUGAAUUAGAUGAAUUAUUAUAUUACACAGGGGUGGUGACAGGGUUAAAGUAAAAGGUCCUCCAUGUAAGAAGGAGAAAAAAGUUAAAUAGGUGGUAAUAGAUUGGAUGGAAAGGCCCCCACAUGUGGGAGUUUGUGUGGAAAAGGGCUAACCCCCUUCCCCUCUACUGGUAAGAUCUGGGGCCCUUUUCAGGAAAAAUUUGAUUUUUGGAGCCAAGUUGAAAAAAUUGAAUUUAAGUGCAUUUUGCACAACCAAGGAGAGAAUUUUAGCCACGAGAACGGCAUCUUUCUUUGCUCACAUUUAAUGGUGUAUGUUACAUCACGUUUCAUUUCACCUAAAGAAGUGUGAUUAUUAUUGCUCUCCAAAAAAAUUUUUCUCUAGUAGACUAAAACACGAUUUUGCUGGUCAUCCAGAGCUUUAGGAUUACCCUGUUCUUAGGACAAGUCUCAAAUAAAAAAAAAAAUUGGACAGCAUUCAGUUGCAGAGACCAUAAUAAUUAUCUACAGAAUUGAUUUACUGGCAUUAUAGCAAAAAAAAUAGACUUCAUUAAUUAGAAUAUUAAAUUUUCUUUUUCAGUAAUCCAGAAUGUAGGUUCCUGGCAAGUUCGUCAAAGGCAAGUCUAAUACUUGGUCUUUGUGUCAGGCUUUUGUUAGUUGUUGUUAAUGCUGUGCUCCUUAAGUAUUAUUGCACUGUUUGUUGUUUUUACAAUCAUAUUAUAUGUACAUGCCAUGAUGAUUCAAUUUUGCACUUAGAUCAUCUUUUAUUUCCCAUUGAAAAAUGGAAUCAAGGAUGAAAUUGAACAAAUGUCUUCCUGUGAUUUUUGCACCUGUAGGAUACAACAAUAAAAAUAUGGGAUGUUGUCCUUGGUCAGUUAAUAAGAACAUUUUCAAGCCACACUAAAUCAGUGACAUGCAUCAGAUGGGGAGGUGAGGGUCUUAUUUAUUCAUCAUCCCAGGACAGGACAAUCAAGGUCUGGAGAGCAGAAGAUGUGAGUACAAAGUAAUUAAUUGAUUAAUGAUAAAAAGAGUAAUUGGUAAUGAUUAUUACUUUGAAGGGCUACAUUGAGGUCCUCUUGGUCCUCUGUGAUUUUUGGUUAGCUGCUAGAUAACCCCUUCAAACUACCAUGUCUUUGCUUGCGAAGGUGAUUGAGAAUUGGGCAUCACAUCAAGAGUCAUGUAAUACGUCACCUUCAAAUUCUUCCACAUAACCUUUGGAACUUUACUGAGCUGACUUAAAAUAUUAUUAUGCAUUUUGAUCACUGACAUCCAGCGAUGUUAACAGUUGGUUCUGCCCACAUAAUGCUGGCAAGUCAAAUACAGUAAUUUAUCCCAUGCCAUAGAGGAUACAGCCAAUCAGAAAGCUGCAUAUUCUACAUAUUCUGCGAUGUGUAACAGGGAGUAUUUCAUGAAUUCUAAUUAGUGUGAGAGUAGCAACAUUCCUUAUUCAUUUCUUUGCUGUAGAAACUAAGUUACAGAGGAAGCUUCAGUCCUCUGUGUGUCUUGUUCUCAUUGUUCUCAUGAGUAGCCUUCAUGUAAAGGCAAACCAAGUCACAAACCUUCAUGUGUAAUGUGCAUAUGACAGUGCUGUCAUUUUGUUUGUUUCUCAGGGUGUGUUAUGUAGAACACUGCAAGGGCAUGCUCACUGGGUAAGUACAGUGUAUACCUUUAACAUGAACACAGUCAAACCUUCUUAAUACAGACACCACAGGGACAGAUUUGAGUGUUCACAUUACAGAAGUGAGUGCAUUAUGGAGGUAGGGAGGGUAUGCAGCCUAGCGUCUGGGUAAAUAAUAAUAAUAAUAAUGAUAUUAAUUAUAGAAGUGUCGAUAACGAAAAAUUUGAGUGUCCUCUCAAAUGUCUUUAAUAACAGACACCACAGGGACAGAUUUUAGUGUCCACUUUAUGGAGGUGUGUGUGCCAUAGAUAUAGGGAUUGUAUGAAGGUAGACAUCUUAGGGACCAGCUGAACUCUCCAUAAUAUAUAGAGGUGUUCGUAAUGAGAGGGUAUGGACUUUCUAGUCAAACAUCCUUAGUAUGGACACUAAAGGUGCGAACUCUAGUGUGUGCUUUACAGAGAAAAGAAAGGCUGAUUUCCAAGCUUCUGUCUGGUAAAUGAAUAUUUUACCUCCAAUUAUUGGAACUAACCAUCUGCUGUGACAAUUUGUCAGAGGUGUCAAUCUGUAUUCAGAAGUUAUUUUAAACAUAAAUGGGGAUUACAGUCAACUCUCUCUUAACGGACACCUCUAUAAGGCAGACACCUCACUCAAAUAGACAAGACUCCCUGUAGGCAAAUCCUUGCUAAUUUCACUGUUUACAUUGUUGGUUAUUAGCAUACAAGUUCAACCCAUAGAAGACAUCACCGCAUGUACAAAUUGGGUUCAAAAGUUGACACAGCUGGUUAAUUUGAGCAGUUUGUGCAAUUUUUAGCCAUUUGCAAUCAAUAACAAAGGAAAUACAGGCAAUCACAAACUGCGAAAUUGCUGGGUGGCAAAAACGUUAAUGAGCUCAUACAUUCUUUAUAAAGUUCGGGGUUUUUCAAAGAGAAUUUCUCUGGAACUGUUUGGUCUUUCGGACUAAAAUUUUCAGAGAUAACUGAAAUUGUUAUGCUCUUUCAAUAUUCAAAGAUGUUAUUUUAUUAGCUUCAUAGCAUAUAUCAAUGAGGCAAAAAAUAUAAACAAGGAUUUGCCUGUAAGACAGACACCUCUCUAAGAUGGACACACAGUGCCAGUCCCAGAGGUGUCCAUCUUAGAGUCGACUGUAUUUUAAAAAUAUCUUACUAAUGGGUUCCUCUUUCAUUGUGCUACAGGUCAACCACUUAGCACUGAACACAGACUAUGCACUAAGAACAGGUGCCUUUGAUCCAUCAAAAGGCAGCACUGCAUAUGAGGUUACUACUGACAGUUCUAUACUAAAAGACAAAGCUUUGGAAAGAUACACUGAAGCUAAGGUAUGAGAUUAUAAGAAUAUUAACUGGGAGCUUAAGCAACUACGUAGAAUGCGAGCUGUCUCUUAUUUUUACUUUAAAGGCUACUUGUAAACCAUGCUCGUAAGCGGCAAUAAACAAGGGUGUAAGCCCAGGAACAAAAAAAAUGCCUCUUUCCGACGUCGUUUUAUGUUUGAAAACGCGCUGCGUAGGAUGAAAACUCAACGGAUUUUAAGAGAAAAGACAAGCAAGCAGUUUAGCAACUAUGUCUGUCACAUCUGUGUAACAGUUAAAUUUCAUCAUUUCAAGUCACUCAGUUUGUCAGAACUUUUGCUGGAGCUGAGUUAUUUAGAAAGAGAAAGAGGAAAUUGUCCUGUGUUUUUGUCCACCUUAAAACGUCCCAUUAAGGAAAUUUUGCGUCAUUAGUCGUGCGGUUACGGCAAAGAAAGGUACCAAACAGUGUGACGUACGUCCAGAGUUGAUCGCAAAUGAAGAUUACAUCAAGACCAUGUCAUGUACUCUCAAAGUUUUCCAUUUUUGGAAUGACUGCCAGUGUUUGAGUUCUGCUUUAGGUUUGGAAGAUUAGUAUGUGUAAUCAAAUGGUGACGAGUGAAAUUAGGGAAUAAUUUCACGCGCGUUUUGUCCAAAUUCUUAUAAUUUCCGAGCCUUUAGGCGAGGGAAAUUAUUAGGAUUUGGACAAAACGCAAGUGAAAUUAUUCCCUAAUUUUACUAGUAUACCAUUUGAUUACCUAUUAAUAUCAUAGGUGACGAAUUACGUUUGCUAUCUUGGAUUUUUGACAUGUUUUUCCUGGAUCGUAUCGAUCGAGAACUCCUGAACUCUCUCAAACGUUUAGAGCUUAAAUUUGGCUUAAGUUCAGAAUUUUUCGACAAAAUACCUGUUAGAAUCCUUCUUGAAGUGCUCUUUCGCGUGCUCAGGUUUUCUAAAGCGUCUUUUUGCGCCCUGGCAUCUUCAUUCAUGACAUUUUAAAACUUUCGUCACCAUCUUGACACUGAGACGUACGGAAGGUUGCCAUGGCAAUUUUGUAAUUUCACAUGUGAAAUUACAAAUUAUCGCUGAAAUUUCGCCCCAAAAUUAAGGAGUAAUUCGUCACCUAUGAUAUUACUAAGAUUACUACCAUCUAUAAGCUGUUCAGAAAUGGGUUACCAACAUGGGAGGGGAAAAUGACAUUUUGGUUAACGUUUGGUCGAGAGAUUGCAAGUGAUUCUUCAAGUACGGUUUUCCAUAUUAUUUUAAUUAUUUUUAUCUUUUGGGUCGUCAUAUAACUUGAAGACGAACUUUCGGAGAAUCUUUCUAAGAAGUCGCCCUU